AUGGGAGAGAUACAUUCAGCUUACAUUCUAUCCACUGAACACCGUCCCAACUCCUCUACCUUUGUCAAAGUUGAUACAAUUCCCAUCAUCGACCUCUCACAAACGAGCCAAAAAAACCUCAUCUCAGAGAUUGGCAAGGCAUGUGAAGAAUGGGGAUUUUUUCAUAUAAUCAAUCAUGGAGUUUCCUCUGAUCUUAUCAAUAAGGUUGCAAAUGAGACCAAAAAGCUUUUUGAACUAAGUAUGGAGGAAAAAAAGAAAUUGAGAAGAGAUGCAGUGAAUGCAACGGGAUAUCAUGAUUCUGAGCAUACUAAUCUUACAAGGGAUUGGAAAGAAGUUUAUGAUUGUCUUAUUAAUGAAGGAAUACAAUACCCUUCUACUGAUUUAUGGACUCUAAAAAAUCAUUGGCCUCAAUCCCUUCCACAUUUUAGGGAAACAAUAGCAGAAUAUGGUGCGAAGCUAGAAAAGCUGUCUUUUAAGUUGUUGGAGUUAAUUUCAUUGAGCUUAGGCUUACCUGGUGACAAAUUCUUUGACUGCUUCGAGAAUCAAUUAAGCCUUGUGAGACUCAAUUACUAUCCUCCAUGCCCUUCUCCUGAUUUGGCACUUGGAAUUGGUCCUCACAAGGAUCCUUGUGUCUUGACUAUUGUUGCACAAGAUGAUACUGGAGGUUUACAAGUUAAGAACAAUUCCGUUGGCGGUUGGGUUCCUAUUGAACCUAUUCCUGGUGCAUUGGUUGUUAACGUGGGUGAUGUUUUUCAGGUUUGGAGCAAUGACAAGUAUGACAGUGCAAUACACAGGGCUACAGUAAACUCACAAAAAGAAAGAUAUUCGUAUCCAUUCUUCUUUUUUCCAGGUCACGAUAUUAUGGUGCAACCUGCAGAAGAGCUAGUGAGUGAGAAAGAUCCUGCAAAAUACAAACCAUACAAUUUUGGAAAAUAUUACUCUAAUAGAACCCGUCAUGAUUUCAACAAAGAAAAGAUUGCGGGUAAAGAGAUUCAUGACUUCAAGAUUUCAGAUUAG